AAAAAAGGUUGUCUGAAGACGAGGUCGACACGUUAAUACGUUGGGUGGAAGAGGAUCCUACUAUAACGCUGAAGAAUAUAGCCGUAAAAGUGCAAGCGGAGUUGCAAAAAGACAUUUCCAAGUCUUCCGUGGCUAAUUAUUUAGAUGGUAGGCUGUAUACCAUUAAAAACGUUCAUAAUAUGCCUGCCAACAUGAAUUCCGCCGUAAAUAAAAACAAACGCGCAGAAUUCGUGACUGCGUUGAGCGGAUAUAUACAGCAAGGCAAACAAAUUGUAUAUUUGGACGAAACCAAUUUUAAUUUGUUUUGCCGUCGGACAAAAGGUCGCGCCCGGUCUGGCACACGAGCGGUUUUAACGCUGCCACCAUCAAGGGGACCCAACGUACACCUAAUUGGAGCCAUCAGUACAUCCGGUGUACUGAGCAUGGAAACGCGGCGCGGGUCAUUUAAAAAAGAGAGCGCCGCUGAGUGGGUCCGCGGACUUUUUGAAAAAUGGACCAGCAUGGGCAACGUACUUAGCGAUUUAGUGUUAGUCUGCGACAAUACACCAUGCCAUGCUGGACUUGAACAAGUGGUGGGUAGUAAUGGGUCACCCAUCCUUUUGCGUCUGGGGCCAUACUCGCCCAUGCUGAACCCCAUAGAAAAUGUUUGGGCUAAGAAACAGUACACCGCCUUAGAAAUUUACCAACACGAGCUUGGCAAAAGCAUUCGAAAUAAGAUAACCCCCAACCAUGAAUGUGAAUAUGACAAUCGGCCCCAGUUAAGCGAAGUGGCUCACCGCAACUUUAUUGUAUCCAAAGAACAACAAUCAAAAUUGUUCUAUAAAGCGAGCACUGAUGG